AUGGGAGAAGAAUUUAAUGAAGAUGAUGCUUUGAAAAAAAAAGCACACAGAACUCCAUUAUCCGGGCGGAAAGCCGAAAAGAAAAAAGCCAAAAAUAAACAUGUUCAAGAAUUAACUGAUCGGCAAAGAAAUCCAAAAGCUUUCGCUUUUAAAAGUGCUGUUCAAGCCGAAAGAAAAUUUCGUAGGAAACAAGAUUUAGAUACUAAAAAACAACACAUACCUGUUGUUGAUCGUAACCCAGUUGAACCUCCGCCUUUUGUGGUGGUGGUUGUUGGCCCUCCAAAAGUUGGUAAAACAACUCUUAUACAAAAUUUGAUAAAGCAUUUUACUAAGCAACCAUUAACAGUAAUCAAGGGACCAGUUACAUUAGUGAUAGGUAAAAAAUUAAGGAUCACACUCAUAGAAUGUAACAAUGAUAUAAAUUCCAUGAUUGAUCUUGCAAAAGUAGCCGAUUUAGUUUUGCUACUCGUUGAUGCCUCAUUCGGGUUCGAAAUGGAAAUAUUUGAAUUUUUAAACAUAUGUCAGAUACAUGGAAUGCCUAAAAUUCUCGGUGUUUUAACUCAUUUAGAUUUACUCAAGAAUAAUAAACAAUUAAAAAAAACUAAAAAAACAUUAAAGCAUAGAUUUUGGACGGAAGUUUAUGCCGGAGCAAAGUUAUUUUAUCUUUCUGGAAUAAUACACGGGGAAUAUCUUAAAAACGAUAUAAGAAAUUUAGGAAGAUUUAUAUCUGUAAUUAAACUUAGACCUUUAGUUUGGAGAACUACUCAUCCUUAUGUUUUAGUUGAUAGAUUAGAAGAUAUAACAGAUCCUGAAAACAUUAGGCAAAAUUCUAAAUGUGAUAGAAAUAUUUGUUUGUAUGGAUUUGCUCGAGGGGUGGCUCUCAACAGGGAAAAUAGUGUUCAUAUUCCCGGAUAUGGAGAUUCAAAAAUUAAAAAUAUAAAUUUUCUACCAGACCCUUGCCCUUUGCCAGAAAGAAAAAAGAGAUCAUUGUUAGAAAGAGAAAAAACAAUAUAUGCACCCUUUUCCGGCGUGGGUGGCGUAGUGUAUGAUAAAGAUGCAGUUUAUGUCGAAUUGGCUGGAAGUCAUAGUUUCAAGGACAGAGAUAACGAAGGAACAGAAUUAGUCAGUUCCAUGCUCACGAUGCAAGACGCCAUCGAUUUAAAAAGGGAAAGAUCCGAAAUGAAAAUAUUUUCAAAUUCUAAACCGAUUUCGGCUCAAGAGUUUAAAGAUGACGGAAGGUUUACCGAUACAAAUUUAAUCGAAGAAAAAAAUGAAAAUCUUAUCUCGAUAAAUCAAAACAAUGGUAAAAAAGAAAUGACGGACUCUGAAGACAGUGAGAGUGAGAAAGAGGAUGAAAAUGAAAAAGGGUUGGCGAAAAGUUUUGUCGAAGAAAAUGUAGAAUGCGAUGGAAGAAUUCGACGAAAAGUUGUGUUUAAUAACGAAUUAAAUUUAAAUGAUGUGAAUGACAUGGAAUCUGACGAUGAAUCAGACGAUGAAGACUCAGAUAAUAAUAAUAAUAAUAAUUCUAUUGAAAAUGUUAAAAAUGAAGAUUCCGCGAAUAGUCAUUUACAAGGAGAAAAUCCGAUCAAAGCAAAAAUAGAAAAUGCUUUAAAUAAUUUGAAAAAUGUUGUUCGUUACGAUUCGGACGAUGAUUCGUCUGGAAUAGAUAGUGAAUCUGGAUUUAGUACGGACGAAGAAGAAAAUGUUAACGGAGAGAAUGAAAAAAAUGAUAUUAAAAAAAGAAAAAUAAUUAAUUCGGAAAGUCACGACGAGUUAGAAACGAAAAAACCAAAACUGACGGAGGAAGAAGAAGAAAUUUGUGAUUUUGAAACAUCCGCGGUAAGAUGGAAAGAAAAUUUGGCUCAAAAAGCAUCGGAUGCUUUCUUAUCGAGACAAAACAAUUCUCAAAAUCUCUACAAAUUAGUCUACGGAGGAAUGAAAAAAAUGCUUGACGGCUACGCAAAUAAUGAAGAGAUGAUGGAAGAAGAAAAAGACGAAAUCGGUGGAAUAUUUCAUAAAGUGAGUGAAAAACAACGACGGAAAAUGACUGAAAAAGAUGAAUUGGACGAAUACGACAGCAGCCUGUUUAUACCCUCUUAUGUAAGAGAUUGGACAUCCGAUGAGGUGAAAGUGUUGAUAAAAGACUGCUUCGUGACGGGAAAGUGGAAAAAAUCAGAAGAUGCUGAGGAACUUUUAAAACUGGACGAUUUGUCAUCGGACGAUGCUUUUGGAGAUUUCGAAGAUUUAGAAACGGGUGAAAAACACGAAGUUGAAAAACCGAACGAAGACAAAAAAGAAACUCUCAUUGAAAAAAAGAAAAAAUUGAAAAAAAAAUUCGAUGCCGAAUAUGACGACAAGGAAGAAUAUUCUUAUUACGAUGAUUUAAAAGCACAAAUGGAUCAGCAGGCCCAGAUUAAUAAGUCAGAAUUUGAUGGAUUAGCAGACGAUUUGAGAGUUGAAUUGGAGGGUUACAGACCGGGAAUGUACAUAAGAAUCGAAUUGGGAAACGUGCCUUGCGAAUUUGUACAAAAUUUUGAUCCGACUUAUCCAUUGAUUGUCGGAGGAUUAUUACCCAUAGAGGAAAAUAUCGGUUAUAUUCAGGUUAGGUUAAAAAAACACAGAUGGUACGGGAAAAUUUUAAAGACUAAAGAUCCUUUGAUCGUUUCUUUAGGUUGGAGACGAUUUCAAACUUUAUUGGUUUACAGCAAGCUCGAAGAUAACAUGAGACAAAGAAUGCUCAAAUACACGCCUGAACACGUGUCUUGCAUGGGACAUUUUUUCGGUCCCAUCACACCUCAGGGUACCGGAUUUUUAGCAAUUCAAGAUGUUGCCAACAGAACGCCUGGUUUUAGGAUAGCUUGCACUGGGGCCGUAGUGGAAAUAGACAAAUCCGUUUCCGUCGUUAAAAAACUUAAAUUGGUCGGAACUCCAUUGAAAAUUUACAAUAAAACGGCUUUCAUACAGGGAAUGUUUAACACCGUUUUAGAAGUCGGAAAAUUCGAAGGUGCUAAAAUUCGAACCGUUUCCGGUAUCAGGGGUCAAAUAAAAAAAGCCGUCGGCAAACCGGAAGGAGUUUUCCGUGCGACAUUCGAAGACAAAAUCAAACUUAGCGACAUUGUUUUCUGCAGAACGUGGUAUUCCGUUGACGUACCUAAAUUUUACAAUCCGAUGACGACGUUGCUUUUGCCACCCGAGAGGAAAACUAACUGGGAGGGAAUGAAAACUCUCGGACAAUUGAAACGAGAAAGAAAUAUUAAAAACGAAAUACAAAAUGAUUGCCUGUACACUCCCAUCGUUAGAAAGGAGAAAAGGUUCAAACCUUUGAGAAUACCCGCAUCUUUGCAAAAAGCACUCCCGUAUAAAGACAAACCAAAGACUGCUGUUGUAAAAAGUAAAAAGAACAAUGAACCGGAAAGAGUUGCCGUAAUUAAAGAACCACAAGAACAAAAGGUGUCGGAAUUAAUGAGAAUGUUAAAAACGAAUUUUCAACAUAAGAAAAAAAUGGAAAGGAAAGCCAUGGCGGAAAGGGUUAAAAAACACGAAAAGGUGAUGAAAGGGGAAGAAAUGAAAAGGUUUAAAAGGCAAAAAGAAUUGAAGAAAAAAGUUUUCAGAACUUUGGAUCUAAUGGAAAGAGAUAAAAAGAAAAAAAAUUAA